UGGCGUGAAUGCGCCGCCGCCUCCCGAGGAGCGGCCGUCUUGGCUGCGGGGACGCGCGCCCUGGGGAAAGAUGCCCGUGGCGGUGAUGGCAGAGAGUUCCUUCAGCUUCAGGAAGCUCCUGGAGCAGUGCGAGACUCAGGAGCUGGAGGCCCCCGGAGGAAUUGCAACACCUCUUGUUUAUGGCCAACUUCUAGCUUUAUACUUGUUGCAUAAUGACAUGAAUAAUGCACGUUAUCUUUGGAAAAGAAUCCCUCCAGCUAUCAAAUCUGCAAAUGCUGAACUUGGUGCAGUUUGGUCUGUAGGACAAAGAAUCUGGCAGAGAGACUUUCCAGGAAUCUAUACAACAAUCCGUGCACAUCAGUGGUCUGAGGCUAUCCAACCAAUCAUGGAAGCACUUAGAGAUGCAACUAAAAGGCGAGCUUUUGGACUGGUUUCUCAGGCAUAUACCUCAAUAGUUGCAGAUGACUUUGCAGCCUUUGUUGGGCUUCCUGUAGAAGAAGCUGUGAAAGGUGUAUUGGAACAGGGCUGGCAAGCAGACUUUUCAACUCGUAUGGUAAUGCCUAAAAAAACUGGUGCAUUGGAAGCUUCCUUUAACAGAUUUAUUCCUUCAUCAGAACCUGCUCCAGUUCCACCAAUUCCAAAUGAGCAGCAGUUGGCCAGAUUGACUGACUAUGUGGCUUUCCUUGAAAAUUGAUUACCCUGCUUCUGUUUUCAGAACAACUUGGGAAUCCUGUGUACUGACAGUUUUAGAGAUCUGAGAUGUCUUUUAUUUUGUAUCUCUUAAACAUUGCAGUGUCCCCUACUCAAAUUUGUGAAGUAUGCAGUGUAAAUUAGCCCAAUUUGUGUCUUGCCAAAGCCAAGCUAGCAAAUUGAAACAAUUCUUUAACUCCUGUAAUAUUUAUUCAGUAAGAACACAGCAGUAUUACAUAGUAAGGAUUUUUAUUGACUCAUUGCAGCAAGAAGGAGAACUUUUUUCAAUUAAUGUUAGAAAUGAAGAGAAAGAUGAAUGAGUAAACUGCGGUGAGGAAUUUACGCUAAUAGGUUAUGUACGUUUAUGGUAAGGACUGUAGUGCUUAUCACAGAUUAAUUGCAUGUUGAUUUAAAGUACUGAGAGUGGGAGACUGCCCUACCCAUAUCUGCAGAGAGAAGAUAUUUUGAUGAAACAGUAAAUUAAAGAAAGAAACAGUAACUCCUGUGCAAGUACAUUUGUGUCAUUUAAAAUUGGUCUUUUUUUCUUGUUGGUCUUUCUGGAUUGUUAAAUUGUUACCUUCUGAUGUGAGAAGUUGCACAUCAGGCAUAUUUUUACAGCAAAAUAAUUGGAAACGCUUAAAGGUAAAUCUUCACUUUGAGGAAGAGUUUUUGCCUUUUGAAAGUUUUGAGUCAUAUAUAGGUCAGAUAUUUUGCUGGGUAACCAUAACUCCUCUGGAGGGCUGUCAUGUCUUGAGCCCAGUACACUGGGCCAGGAUCUACAAGAAACAACCACCCUUAUUUGCCUUUAAGCUUUCUGGAUUAUGUCUGCAGUUAUUGGAGAGGAAAUAAAAGAUCAGAGUAAGUGUCCCUGAAUAGAUUCGAGUUGGGGUGGUGAUUAUAUGUUAUGCUGCAAUGUCAGUUGGAGGAAUACAUUUUCUAUAUGCACCUCUGGGUUAAUCUUUGAGUUGGGAAUUUAUUUUAAAAGCAGAAAGAUGACUUGUAUUCCCAGGCUUUUUAUUCAUAUUAUGCUGGUAAAAAGGCUAAGUGAAAACAGUGGUUCUUUACAGGGCAGUGCAUGCCUCCAUUUGCUUCUCCCUGCUUUUCAAUAUCAUAUUCAGUGGUUUCCUUGAAGAUGGCAAGUGUGCCAUACAUUGUGAUUGUUUUUUCCAGUGUGCACUACCUACUGUACAUUCUCUUGAUGGGGAUGUGUUAGUGGGAAGGAAUUAAACUGUACACUGCUGCUUUGAGAGUUCUUUUUAUAUGUCAACACUUACUCAAAAUGAUUAUUUAUUUGAAACCCACCUAAGACUUGGAUUUCUAAAGUUAUCUUCAGUGAUAUUAAAGAACAUGUUUACACUGA